UUAAUUAAUUUAAAUAAUGUCAUUAUUUUAUUAGGGUACUUUAAUUAGAAUAUUUGAUACUACCUCUGGAAUGCUUGUAACUGAAUUAAGAAGAGGUGCCAACCAAGCUAAUAUUUAUUGCAUCAAUUUUAAUUUUGAUUCUUCUCUUAUUUGUGUGUCCAGUGAUCAUGGUACAGUUCAUAUUUUUGCAGUGGAGGACAGUAAAAGAAAUAAACAAUCCAGUUUAGCAUCUGCAACCUUCCUACCUAAAUAUUUUAGUUCUGUUUGGAGCUUCUCCCGUUUUCAAGUGCCUGGUGGGUCACAUUGUAUAUGUGCUUUUGGCACAGAACCUAAUUCAGUUAUUGCAAUAUGUGCUGACGGGAGCUAUUACAAAUUCUUAUUCAAUGCAAAAGGAGAAUGU